AUUUUCAGAGAUAAACAUUCGCCUCCCCCUGCUUAAUUUGAUUAUCAUCAGAAAUGGAACUGAAUAUAGUAUUUGUUUAAUCAACAGAUCUGAUGCUCAUAUGUACUGUCAUAUUUAAUACAUUUUAAUUCAAUUGGAUUUUUCUGGAUUGGACAUCAUUGGAAUUAUUAAUUAUUUUGCCGUUGCAGGACCAAAUUCUGUUCUUGGAUGUUUAUAGAGACUUUGGGCUCUGUAAUCUUUAUUUCUAGUGAUGCUUGAUCUAGAAAGAUCCCAGUUUAUAGCUGAUUAUUUGUGGAACUGGCAGUUAUGAGAAAAAAAGUUUUUAAAAAAGCUCUUGAUGAAUUAGUGAAUCUUGAAGUUAGAGACUAGAUCUGGAAUCCCAGCAUCAUUUCUACUGAAGCACUUUGCAGAAGUGAAGUGCAUUUUGAAAAUCUUCCCAUAUUUGGAAGUUUUACCAUUGACUUCAGUGGCGAAUGGAAGCCGAAUUAGGUCAGUGCAGAGUGCUCAUUUAAAUUAUUCCACCAUUUCUUUCUGGUCUUUGGAAGCUUUCUUUUAAAGGUAUGAAAAUAGAAUAUCUCUAUGGUGCGGGAUUCUUCUUCUUAUAUGGCAUAAAAAACUAAUUCUAAAAAUAUUUUCCUAUAUGGUUCUUGCAGUAAUGAGUAUUUUGCAUGUUGGUCUAAUCCAGUGAUACUCAGACCUCAGUGCUUCAGGAGCCAGAUUAGCGAUCAGCAUUACCCAAAGGAGCCAUAGUAGCGUGAAUUCAUUGUUUCAUUUACUCUUUCUUUAUAUAUAAUUAUUCUCAUAGCAAAAUGACUGACCAAGUAUUCUACAAUUGGCUGAUAACAUAGGAAAAACAUCCUGAUUAGUUAAUAUUGGUUGAUUAAAUUGCACAGUGUUUGAAUAUUAUGUGCUGCAAAAAACUGCGGAGAUGCAUUAAAGAGCUGCUUGCGGCUCUUGAACCUCAGUCUUAAGUAUUACUCGUCUAAUCUCACUGUCAUAUAUGAAUGUUGUUCAGUAUAUAUCAAACCACUUAAUGUUCAGCAUUAUUUUAAUAUCUAAAUUGCUUACCUACACUCUUAAAAUCAUAUGCCCCCUCUGUUCGCUGGCUCUCCUUUCCCUGCACUCUCUUCACCUACUCCAAAUUCCUGCUUGCUUUGUGCAAGUUAACUUUUCCUGUUUCUCUUGGGCAAGUAGACUUUCUCAAGCCUAGGUGGUAGGAUUUCCUUUUCCUGAUGUCACAAUUACUUUUCAGGAUAGAGUGAAAUUCAGAUUAUAUUUUCUCCUGUGCCUUUCUGGCUUGAAUGUAUUGUAUUGUGAGGGCAAGCCGGUUUAGGCUGUUUAUCGUCUUGAUUUAUAAGCACUACUUCAUUGGAUAAUCCAGAACAAGUGUGAUUUAUUUACAGACCAUGACAAAAAAGCAAAGCAUGUAUAUGCAAUUUCAUACAAGAUAAACCUACAUUAAAGGAAUGAGUUGCUUGGGAAUUUAAAGAACAUUUAAAAAAAAAAAAGAGGAGUGGUGGAAAAAAGGAACAGUCAGAAGAUUUGAACACUGGACCAGAGGACUAAGGAUAUCUUUGUAGAAAAUCAACAUUUAAAAAGAUGUGGUGACUAGAAGAAACUCUAUUGUUGCCCAUAGCGCAUAUAGUGCCUUAUAAAGAUGGGGUUUGGAAGUGACCUGAAGUAUUCUCAUGAUGCUUUGUUAAAAUUGCAAGAUUGGGAGUUACGACUACUGGAAACUGUGAAGAAAUUUAUGGCCAUGCGAGUAAAAAGUGACAAAGAAUAUGCAUCCACAUUACAGAAUCUUUGUAAUCAAGUUGAUAAAGAGAGUACUUCCCAACUGGAUUAUAUUAGCAAUGUAUCCAAGUCUUGGCUGCUUAUGGUACAGCAGACAGAGCAACUUAGCAGGAUAAUGAAGACACAUGCAGAAGAUCUUAACUCUGGGCCACUACAUAGACUUACAAUGAUGAUCAAAGACAAGCAACAAGUAAAGAAGAGUUACAUAGGUGUUCAUCAGCAAAUUGAGGCAGAGAUGUUCAAGGUCACAAAGUCAGAACUGGAGAAAUUAAAAUCUAAUUACAGACAAUUAAUAAAAGAAGUUAACUCUGCCAAAGAGAAGUAUAAAGAAGCUGUGGCUAAAGGAAAGGAGACUGAAAAAGCCAAAGAUCGUUAUGAUAAAGCCACUAUGAAACUUCACAUGCUGCAUAAUCAGUAUGUGUUGGCACUGAAGGGAGCACAGUUACAUCAGCACCAGUACUAUGACACUACGCUUCCUCUGUUACUGGAUUCAUUACAGAAGAUGCAAGAAGAAAUGGUUAAAGCACUAAAAGGAAUUCUUGAUGAAUACAGUCAGAUCACCAGUCUUGUAACAGAAGAGAUAGUGAAUGUCCAUAAAGAGAUCCAGACUUCUGUUGAACAGAUAGACCCUAACUCAGAGUACAAUAGCUUCAUAGAAGCUCACAGGUCACCAGAGAAUGUAGAACAAGAAAUAGUGUUUGAUACAUCUUUACUGGAAGAAAAUGAAAAUCUUCAAGCUAAUGAGAUAAUGUGGAAUAACUUAACAGCAGAAAGCUUGCAAGGAAUGUUGAAAACAGUAGUAGAAGAAUUGAUUCAGACACAGCAGACACUUUUGAACAAAGAAGAGCUUUUGUUGGAAUUAGAAAAGAAAAUAGAAGAAUCUUCUAAGACCUGUGAGAAAAAAUCAGACAUUGUGCUUUUGCUGAGCCAGAAGCAAGCACUGGAGGAACUCAAGCAAACAGUUCAGCAAUUAAGAUGCACUGAAGCAAAAUUUUCAGCCCAGAAAGAACUUCUAGAACAAAAAGUUCAGGAGAAUGAUGGGAAAGAGCCACCUCCAGUAGUAAAUUAUGAAGAAGAUGACAGAUCAGUCACUUCUAUGGAUAAGAAGGAUAAGGUGUCCAGGUUUGAUACUAUUCGUCACUCCAUAGCUGGAAUGAUAAGAUCUCCAAAAUCCAUGCUGGGCUCUUCAUCAUUCUUUGAUGUAAUAUCAACCAGCGAGAAACCAUUGGCAGAGCAAGAUUGGUAUCAUGGUGCAAUUCCAAGAAUAGAAGCCCAGGAGCUGUUAAAGCAGCAAGGAGACUUCUUGGUGCGAGAGAGCCACGGGAAACCUGGUGAAUAUGUCCUUUCUGUGUUUUCAGAUGGACAACGGAGGCACUUUAUCAUACAAUAUGCUGAUAAUCAGUACCGAUUUGAAGGAACUGGGUUUCCAACUAUUCCUCAGCUUAUAGACCAUCAUUACUCAACAAAACAAGUAAUUACUAAGAAAUCAGGUGUAGUUCUGCUGAAUCCUGUUGUUAAGGAUAAGAAAUGGGUUCUCAAUCAUGAAGAUGUCACAUUGGGAGAAUUACUGGGCAAAGGGAAUUUUGGUGAAGUAUAUAAGGGAACAUUAAAGGAUAAAACUCCUGUUGCUGUAAAAACUUGUAAAGAAGAUCUUCCUCAGGAACUGAAAAUAAAAUUUUUAUCAGAGGCCAGAAUACUCAAGCAAUAUGACCAUCCCAAUAUUGUCAAGCUAAUAGGAGUUUGCACUCAAAGGCAGCCUAUUUAUAUAGUUAUGGAACUUAUUCCAGGAGGCGAUUUCCUCUCCUUUUUAAGAAAGAAGAAGGAUGAGCUAAAAACCAAACAGUUAGUGAAAUUUUCAUUAGAUGCUGCUGCUGGUAUGGCGUAUCUUGAAUCUAAAAACUGUAUACACAGGGACCUUGCUGCAAGGAACUGCCUGGUAGGUGAAAAUAAUGUUCUGAAAAUCAGUGACUUUGGAAUGUCUCGUCAAGAGGAUGAUGGAGUAUAUUCAUCUUCAGGUUUAAAGCAGAUUCCUAUCAAAUGGACUGCUCCAGAGGCACUCAACUAUGGGAGAUACACUUCUGAAAGUGAUGUAUGGAGCUUUGGGAUCCUUCUUUGGGAGACCUUCAGUCUAGGUGUAUGUCCAUACCCUGGAAUGACCAACCAACAAGCACGGGAACAAGUGGAGAAAGGAUAUCGAAUGUCAGCACCUCAAAAGUGCCCAGAGGAAAUAUAUAAAAUAAUGCAGAGAUGCUGGGACUACAAACCAGAAAACCGACCAAAAUUCAGCGAGAUUCAGAAAGAGCUAUCUUCAAUCAAAAAGAAAGUGACAUAGUGAUAAAGUAAUGCCAAACUCAAUCUACAGGACUCUGUUUUUCAACAAAGUAAUAUUUUUCCCUCAAACACUGUGCGUUUAUACCACAUUAUCUGCAAUAUUCUUCUAGGGUUACUUUUUUAAAAUUAACUCUUUUAUAUAUAUGUGCAUCCGUGCGCACGCCAUCUUGGAAAAUGUCUAAGCAUACAUUAAAAAGAAAUGAUUCUGCCAAAUGUUAUAUAUCUAGUCAUGUUAACACUGUCAUUUAGGAUACAUGUAAAUAGAUCAUCACACACUAUAGAUUUAAGGGACUGUGACUCCUAUCUAUUUUACAGUGAUAAACUGCUAGUGACAUUUCCCAAAGGUUUUCUACUUUAUGCUGCAUUCUUAAUUUGCUAUCCCAGUUGCAGAUAUCAACACCAGUGGCACUAAAAAUGGUGGCUGUGCCAUGUUUCUGAAGACCUUAAAUCUGAGGACCACAAUUUUUGAAUCGUAUUGCAAGUAGGAACUUUAUAUUUUUUAAAUCAUUUCUGCAACUGAUAUUUUAAAUGAUAUAUUGCUUUAAGAAAGAACAUCAGUUAAGAUUCUGGAUGUGCAUGUAUUCUUUUUAAACAAAGAAAUCCAUAAUUUUUUUGUAGAAUAAUAUUCACAUCAUUUACAAACACGUCCUUAGAUUUCUUACAGUUGCUUCCAUCAUAGUAAAUAUGUUCAACUUUGGACAUUACUUGCUGCUUUUUUCCUGUGAAAAAUUUAGUAGUUUAUCAGGAAUCUUUAUGAACAAAUCUCCUUUGAUGGGCUAGGUUUUUUCUAAAAGGCCAACAUCCAGUCUUGUGUGAUACCUGUCUGUUGGGAAAUACUCCAAAUCAUCUGCCUUUUGAAGUACAAGCAGAAGAAGAAGAAAACUGUUGGUUUUGAAUGUACACAUGUAGAAAAGCGGCCAGCAGGAAGCAAGUUUGAGAACAAGAGUAGCAUGUAAUUAAGGUAACUGGUAGCACUGAUGUUAGAUGAGUAAAAGAAAGUGAACUGCCAAAUUGGCUUUUGGAGGUUCUCUGAUACCUUUCUGAAUAUUUGUUUUUCACAUUUCAAAUAAUUGAUAUGCCUUUUCUGCAUGCAGUUGGAGCCACCAAAAGGACAUGUUUAAAAAAAAAAAAAAAAAAAAACCACUUUCCAUGCGUAUUGUCCAAAGAAAAAGGCUACAUCUCAAUUGCAGAAAGAAAUGCUACCUGUUUUAAAGCUCUGAAAGGCUGAACAAGGCAUAGAGUAGAAAUAUUAAUCUACAGAACUGUCUUUCGUUGCAUUCAGAUUUGUUCUCAAUUCCAAAAGUAGGUUUGCAUACUCACACUGUCAAGGAGGAAAAGAUUGGUAUAAAAAUAGUAUUCUUAUAAGAAGAAUAAAAGCUAAUCAGUCCGGAGGUGGGGACGCAAAUAGUUUGUGGCUUGGAUGUAUCUCUACAAAAGGCCUUGAUAAGGGUUCCCGACUACCAUAGAGACCUGUGACUUUAGAAACAAAGUUAUGAUCUGGGAGACUAUGGUUUUGAUGUAGGCCUAUUUCUAAUAAUUAUCAAGGUGUGUUAACAAGGAAUUAACUGCCAGACCAAAUGACUAAACCAGAGGAAUGAAAGAUAAACUUUCAUUUGCGGCUGCAUUAUAUUUUAUUUCUAUUGUGGUGACUCAGAAAUUGCAUUCUGGACAAUGGAAGCUUUUUAAAGUAUAUUUAUGGUAGUAUUGAAAGGGAUGGGUGUGACUAAAGUAUUUGUAGGCUAUGAGUGUUUCAACCAGUAUCUAUUACAUUCAAUUUAGUGUCCAAAUGAACAGUGAAGCAGCAUGCUAGAGAACACUUUUUUUCAUUGUAGGUGGACUUGUUAGCAGUCUGGGUUUGUCCUGGGGCAAAGGAAACAAACACACUGGGAAAAUGGAGUAGAAAUUGAAAAUAAAGGAAAAAUUAGUGUCAUCCCUUUAUCAUUAUUUCUUUAUGUAAAUACUGCGUACAUUUAAUCAUCACUAUGCUCAUGCUUGGUCCAAAGAUAUUUGUCUCAAAACCAGUAAGAAACGUCGUUUAGUCAGUUAGCAUUGAUACUAAAUGUUACACAAACAGCGUGCCUUAAUGAGCUGGCAUGCUUGUGUGAAUAAAAGUGCAUGAAAAUGCCAGAAAUAUGCAACGAUAACUCUGGGAAGAAUCCAGGUCCCAAAUCAAUAAAUCACCCAACUACAGGUCCUCAUCUAUGCACUUGCUAAUGUCUAAAAGUAAGGACAAGAAUGUAUUCACUUUUAUUUAGAUUAACACACUUUUUUUUAAGUGAAUGAAAGAGACUAUACUGUUUCACAGGAUGCAUAUAUCCAACCUUUCAACAAGAAAAUAGAACAGGUUUUUUUGUCUUAAUUUGAUAAACAGGACACACAAUUCUGAUUCUUAUGUACAGAGGUAAAAGGACAAUAACUGUAUUCAUUUUUCACUUAUCUGAGCAGUUAACAUUUUGCAAUUCAUAUCAUACUUCUGUUUAAAUUGAAAAGGCUUUUCAAAGCGUGGAACACGUGCAGCACCUGGAGUAUGUUUUGUUCUUUGUCCUAAAGCAGACAGGAAUUCAAUUCAUGAUUAAUAACCCUUUGGGAGACUGUCAGGAUGAGUUCAUUGGUAUAGAAUACAUUUAAUAUAGGCAUAUGUGUUUUUCACAAAAACUUGUGCAAACUGUUGUCUCGCAUUAGUUCAGUUGUGUUUGUGGCAUAAUUUAUUUGUCCCAUCUGUCACAUGUAAUUAUUGGAAUUAUGUACUUUAGGAAGUUAAGUCAAUAUCAGAUGCAUGUCUAUAAAUACUUUUCUUAACUUUGCAAGCUUAUGGCAGGGGAGACUACAAAAAUGUACAAAGAAAAAGCCUGUAAUUUAAUGAAUGGAAAAGCAGGUAUAGCAUUCAAGGACCAAAGCUGCAGCUAUCUGCCUUCUCUGUAGUCUUGAUGUCUUUUAAAUGAACAGAGGGUUAAAAUCUUAGCAUUGUUAAUGAAUUAAGCAGAAUUUGGAUAUUUAACAUUUUUCUACAGUGUUUUGUACAUUUUGUUUAAGAUACAGCAAAAUGAAGAGUGUCCUCUUUUGGAAAUUCAGUAUAUUUAAUAGGCUUUGACAUCUGCACUUUCCCAUUUUAGGGGGUUCUAAUAGGCUUUGGAAAUGUUCAGAUGGUUAUAUAUCCAUGAAAUACUCCUAUCUUAAAAUUCAUGUAACAAUAGUACCCUAAAAAUCAAAACCUCUAAGUAUAUUAUCGGAGAUGGAGAGUGAUUUCUCUAGUUGUUACCGAUUAUCAAGGCAUUAUAAAGAAAUUAAAAGUGCUACUGUCAUAUUUCAUUAUAAUUUUAAGAGAUUAUUUUAAAGCCCAAUGAAAGCCAAUAAUGAAUGUACAGUUUCAGUUGUUUACAACUGAAACUGAGCAUUUAAAACUAGCCUCCAUGUUUAGUUUUGAAAUCAUCAUCCUGGUUAUUAUGAUUCCCAAAUGUAUGGAGUUCAUGGCUUUAUAGAAAGUGCAAUAUUGAGAAACAAUAUGUUUGAAAACAAGACAGAGGCUUGUGUCCUCAGCAGCUGUGUAAUCUUUUCCUUCAGUCUGCAUUUCACAAAAUUGUUUUAGAUUUUUAAUCUCAAACGAAAAAGUAAACAACAACUUUUAGCAACUGCAGUCAUUUUGCAUUUUUGUUUCAGAUCUUGAUGUGCAUUAUGUCACAAAAUCUGCGUCUAUUUUGUAGCGUCGCUUUUGAUAGCUUAACAUCACUUUAUAUGCUGUCUGUGUCAGGAACUACAGUGCAGUUUACAAAAUAAACCUGAGACUUUCUUGGGCAGAAAGUAAUUGUAAGAAAACAUGAGGUUACUGUACCUCACUGUUUUUCCCUUGGUUUUUCACCCACCCAUGUUUGUUUAUGCUGAACUUUGUGCUUAUUCAAAUGCUGCAGAUACACAUCAGUGGAAAGUCGUAUACAUUAUUUAUGACAUUUUUACUACUACUGUAAUGCUAUUAAUCAAAAAUAUGAGCAAGCAGGUACUUUUCUCCCCCUCAAAGUUAGAGAAAAGAGCCUCAGCCAAAACAUUUCUAGCUGGAUCUAAAGCUUGGAGGAGUUCAGAUCUGAAGUUUAGGCCGGUCUCUGCUUUCUCUUCAUUCAUGUGAAUUAUUGGUGCCAAUAGCAUGUGAUGCUUUACCCUUGUCUUUACUGGUCUUUUUUCUGAUCUGUUUCCUACCAGUGCAGUUCCACCAGUGGUAGCAAUUGUGGGAGUACAAAUGUAGGCUGGCUACCAGCAUUCUUACCAUCGUAACUUCUGGACUAGCUCUGGGCAACACCAAGGUCUACACUAGUACUGAUAGAGCAGUACCACAGAAAUAUUUCAGGAGAAAGGCAUGUGUAAAUAAGAGAUCGUGUAAAUUAGCUCUGUGGUUUUAAGAGAUCUUAAUCUGACAUUAUAGCUAGUGCUUGUUAGAAUGGCUGGAUGUCACAGACAGUAAUAGCAUACAAUGUAAAGGAGCAAGGAGAGAGAGAGAGAUGGAUUAAAGAGGAAGGAUCCUCUUUCCAUAAGAAUAACCUUAUUCAUUAGCACUGGAAAAUGCAUUUGUUUGUUAGUGUCAUUACCUAUUUAGGUAAGCAUGAAAGUUUGCUAUUGAAAUAAAGAGGUCACCUUUUCCAGUUACUCACUUUCCUAAAGUACAUGAGUUGUUUUAUUAGACUUGGUUAACACCAUUUUAUGGUUAUCAGUACACAUUAUGGCUCCUAAAGCACUGUGGUGGGGUACAGAGAACUCACACUAUAGUGGCAAUCCUUGGAAACAUACUGACUGAGCCAGGAUUGCUCGGGGGGGGGGAGGGUACAGGGUGCAGAUUGUGUCCAUCCCACCCCGACUGGCAGGGCACCUUCCCUCUUCAUAUUCAGACAGUCCUGACACUCACUACUGCAGGAGGGGAAGACACUUAUAUGCUUGCCUGGUUAAGGUCCUUGUACUAAAUUCAAGGUCCUUGGAAACAGAAUAACCCUGUAGAAAGAAAGUACAAGAAAGGUUUCAAGAAUAAAUGUCCCAAACAUAGUUUCCAUUAAAGAAAGGAUGUUCUCGCAGAAUGUUUAUAUCCUAAGAUCUCAUUUUCUGUUGUCCUCGUAUAAACCUUAACCCAAGUGAGGCUGGGAUGGACAGUGUUGUCUUUCAGGCCCAGACCCUGUCACUUCUUUGUAUCAGUGCAGGAAGAUUAGAGAUUUGUCUCCUAUAGAAAGACAUUACUGACUGGCUGCUGGUUGCCUAAUAAGGAUACAAUGACAUCAUUUCUCAAUGUUUUGCUUCACUUAAACUAUAGGGAUGAAACAUCUUUGCUGAUAAGAAAAUUGCCCAGGUUUCCCAAGGAGAAAUUAAGGACUAUUUACAACUCAGAGGACACAUCAUAAGGCUUUUGAGCCGUAGCUAGAAUAUCCCAGCAUAAUGUCUAUUUCUGACACUCGAGGCACUGAAACAACUAAAAGGAAAGCUGAUUAAAAUCGCAAGUCCCUCUUCCUGUUAAGUUUGCUGAAAUCCUUUCUUCUACCACUCACUUGCCAAUCUCUCUCCUUUCUGAAGCUGAUGAGGUGUAGUGAUUGCUAGCUGAACUUUCACUGUGGCAAUAUAGUGCAGUCCUAAAGCAAACAAUUUGUCCACUUUGAUAUGAAAAAGAAAGCAGGACAGUACUUCAGGUAAAACCAUACCACAUGCUCAGACAUGAAAACCAAAAGCAGAUUUAAAUGCCAGCUUCAAUUCAUUGUGUUUAUCAAUCACACAAGCACCAUGUGGAGCAUUUCAUGAUUGGCUUUACAAUGUGUUAAAAAGUGACUUGUUGCCAAACAUUUUGUUUCUCCACAUAGUAUAUAGCAUUUUCUAGAAAAAUAAAAGGUGCUGAUUUUUGUCUUCAGAUUUUGUCAGUGUUACUUUCAUGACGUGUUGCCUCUCCUGCUUUUAGUCCUUACAUUGGGUCUGUCCCUUCCCUGAUCUGAACUCGUUUCCCUUUGGGGCUGUCUGUUUUUUGAAAACCUAGACUAGAACCUGACUGGGCUAAGGCCCAGCAUCGUACUUUCCUCUCUCACAUUCUUAUCUUCUGAUUUAGAAAGUCAGAAAAACUGGGGAGAGUACAGCUCCCUAACCUCAGAUCAAGUAGUAGUAUUCUCCCUCCGUCAUGCUGGUGGUAUGUUUUGGCAGGGUAUCUUACAAACAGUUAAUUAUGACAAGAGCUCUGCUGUAUGCAACCAGCAACAUUUCCUUUAGAAAGAAAAAGAUGGAGAGGAGAAUAGGAAAAAAAAAUGGACAGAGGGCAAGAGGAAUUGCACAUGAAAAGUAGAAUAGGUACUAACAACGACUAAAGUGCUGCUGUUGUAUGGGAAAGAGAGGCUGAGGGCAGGUCUUCAGUGAAGACACUAUUACACAGUGAAGACACUAUUACAGCAUAGUUAAUCCAGGUGGUACCUAUGUUGAUAGGAGAAUUCCUCCUCAACAUAGCGCUCUCUGCACCAGGGGUUAGGUCAGUGUAACUGCAUUGCUCACGGGUGUGGAUUUUUUGCACCCCUGAGCAAUGUAGUUAUACCUAUGUAAGCGAAAUGUAGACCUGGCCUCACAAUGGUAAGAAAACAAAAAAAAUGUGGGCAUAAUAUUUUCCAGUUCAUGUUACCUGAAAAUCUCUCUUCACUUAUAGUAGCAAAACAUUCAGCAAGCAUUUAGGGGGUUUGAAAGAGAAGCUGAAUUUUCAGAUCAUCAGUGUGCUUUUCCAAGAAGUUUACAUUCUUAACAUUUUCAUUAAAAAACAAUUUCUCAUUUCUGCUCUCCUUAAUCUCUCACAGCAAUCACUGGAUCCAGAGCUAGAUCCCAUUGAACUACUUUGCUAAACUUCAUCAAUUUAUUAAUUAUUACAUAAUAUGCAAGUGUGUUUCUCCUUUGAUGUGACAAACGUGAUUCCUGGCUAGUAGAUGAUUGAGACAAUAGAAUACAAUCCUUGGGUACUACAGCAUAGCAGUUGGGGAGGAAGGGGAAGUUAGAGAUUUCACCUUUAAUUUAGGUCUUACUCAAAUUAGCAUACUUUUUAAAUCUUCCUUGUGGGUUCGACCCCAGAAAAGCAAAUUUGUUGGUUUGACCCUGAACAAGGGAAAUUGCUUAAAAAGAAAAACAUGAUUUCCGUAGACCUACUCCCCAGUAAUCUGAAAAGAUGGAAAUUUUGGGAUAAACCUACAUUUAAAAAGGUUAUUAAGAAGAGGAAUAAAGCAACUGUAGCAGCUAAAUCGAGGUGCUCUUUGGUAUUCUGCCUUAUACAGGUCAGAUGCAGCCAGAAUGCCUCAGAGCACUGCUGCUGGCAGCACUCUCUAUAGCAUUGCCUAUAUCCUUUAGUAAAAUGUGCACUGUGUGCUCCCCCCAGCACUCGCUGCCAAUUGCUAACUAAAGUACAAGUAGUAGAAUCCUGGCCUUGCCCCUUAUGCCUUACCCAUGCCAGCUUGCAGCUGUGGACAACCCCAGACUGUGUUACUGCCAGCAUUUUGUCUGGAUGCUAUACAGGUACACAAGGGAGAAGGUGUAGAUGAGGCUUCCUGUAUAUCCAUUGUGCAAGAGAUUGAACUAAUCCUUCCAUAGGAGUGCCAACCAGAUGAAAUGCAUCCAAUUAAAAUUUCCAUUGUUCUGUCAGCAUAAUAAUCAUUAAUGAACAUAUUUCCUACAGGGAGUUUCCCCAUCUGAUUAUUAGAUGUUAAGCUCCCUAAAAGCUUAAGAAAAACAGAAAAAUCUAAUAAGAGAGAUGACUAAGGGUCUAGGCUUGGGCAUUGUGUUACCACAAAGGACAUGAUACAAAAAAUAAUAGUCCAAAGAGCUAAUCUGACCUAAUUAUUCUAAAAACAUCCUGCAAAAGGAUUGAAAACCAGAACACACAUUUUGUAUCAUUUAGUUGCCAUCCCUGCAGCAAUUGCACAGUCGUGUGUAAUCAAGGGGUUUCCAGAAAGGACACUUGAGCUGACAGUUGUAGGGGCACUGUCUUUCUACUUGCAAGUGUGUUUAUUUUUCUUUUGUAUAACUGCAUGGUGAAAACUGGGGGGGAAGAAAGUCAUUGACAAAGCAUCGCAGACUUUUGACACCUCUAGCCUUGAGUAGAGCAAGGCACUGAUGUAGUUUACAAUUUUUAAAUGUAGUUAGAUUUUUUUUUCCAUUUAGUGCCAAUGAAUGCACCAGCAAAUUUAAAAUCAGGUAAAACACCUUUUAUACUCGUUGUUUAAAAAUAAUAUAUUUGUGAAACAGAUUGAUAACACGCAACACUGGAAAUGGGUGCUUCUUCCAAAAAGUACAUGUGU